GAAUUGGAUCGCCAGCUUUGAAAACACGGUCGAUGCAUGCACCAUGCACACACACAUCAAAUCAUACAGGUCCUCCUGAAACGCACAUAGGUGUCUCCUCCGCCCAGAGUGGGGAAGGGCUGGUUCUGCUACAUCCCGGAGAACGGUGCCAUCGUCAGCCCCCAUGUGGAAGUCUUCCGCAUGGGAUCCAAUCAAGGCUAUGCGUUUCUACAAGCACCUCAGGAAUUGGCGGCAGUGGUCAGUGUGGCCAUGCCCAACAAGAAUCCGACGGUCAAGGACUCGCCGCUCGAUGCCCCAAGCGAAGCCGAUGAGUACAAGGCAUUGCUGGUGUCCAAAUUCAAGGUUGCGCUCGGAGCAGCCGUUCUGGCGGGCGCCAGCAAAUGUGUUGUGCCGGGCGUGGGCUGCGGUGUCUUCAAGAACGACCCAGGUGACGUGGGAUCUGCCCUGGCUGAAGCCGUACGAUGGACAGCACUGGGCGGGAAAUUGGAGGAGGUGAUCUUAGCCGGCGUUCCACGUGAGUUCGCCACAGCCGCUGGGGCUGCGGCCUAACGAAAAUGGUUUUCAGCUGGUGGAGGUAUGAAGAUUCCGGGCCCACAUUCCUUGGCGAAGUUUUG